CGCUAUAGAGGGCUCCCACAGCACUUCCCAGCCAGUGUGUUCAGCCUGCCUGCUUGCCUGCCUCUGUGUGCGCGCGAGCGUGUGUGCGUGCGUCUACUUUGUACUGUGAAGAACACAGCCCAUGUGCUCUGCAUGGACGUUCCUGAUACUCUGCUCAGCUUGAUUUUCGACAAGCAGGCAAGAUGUCCAGCACACCACAUGACCCCUUCUAUUCUUCUCCUUUCGGCCCAUUUUAUAGGAGACAUACACCAUACAUGGUACAGCCAGAGUACCGAAUCUAUGAGAUGAACAAGAGACUGCAGUCUCGUACAGAGGACAGUGACAACCUCUGGUGGGAUGCGUUUGCCACUGAAUUUUUCGAAGAUGAUGCCACAUUAACUCUUUCAUUUUGUUUGGAAGACGGACCAAAGCGAUACACUAUCGGCAGGACUCUCAUCCCCCGUUAUUUUAGCACCGUGUUUGAAGGAGGGGUGACCGACCUGUAUUACAUCCUCAAACACUCGAAGGAAUCCUACCACAACUCAUCCAUCACGGUAGACUGCGACCAGUGUGCUAUGGUCACACAGCAUGGGAAACCUAUGUUCACCAAGGUAUGCACAGAAGGCAGGCUGAUCUUGGAGUUCACGUUUGAUGACCUCAUGAGAAUAAAAACGUGGCACUUUACCAUUAGACAGUACAGGGAGCUGGUCCCCAGAAGCAUACUAGCCAUGCACGCACAAGAUCCUCAGGUCCUGGAUCAGCUGUCCAAAAAUAUCACCAGGAUGGGUCUAACAAACUUCACCCUCAACUACCUCAGGUUGUGUGUAAUACUGGAGCCAAUGCAGGAACUGAUGUCAAGACACAAAACCUACAACCUCAGUCCUCGAGACUGCCUGAAGACCUGCCUGUUUCAGAAGUGGCAGCGGAUGGUAGCCCCACCAGCAGAACCCACACGGCAACCAACAACCAAAAGGAGAAAAAGAAAAAACUCAACGAGCAGCACUUCCAACAGCAGUGCGGGGAACACCACCAACAGCGCCGGCAGCAAGAAGAAGACCCCGGCCGCGAGCUUGAGCCUGUCCAGUCAGGUACCUGGGCUAGGAGCCAUCCCGAACUGCAGCCUCAACCCUGGGAGGGAUGGAGACCUGUGUCAUUCAGCAGCAGUGACCCCUUCUGGCCAAUUUAAGGAGAAGCAUUGAGGGGCCCUGAAAGGAGUCACUUCCAGUCCUCCUCAGAGAUUGCUAGCAUUGCUCGUUCUCCGGUGUCAGGCUGCGCACUAAGGACAUAAACUCGCGUGGUUGUUACACAUCAGGAGGCGAUGUUUAUUUCCUGUAGAAAUCCAAUAUGCGUCUCGGCCCCCCCGACAUUGAGACUUGACCCGGUUGUACAGCGCACACAAGUGUGUCUGUCCUAGGUCCCCCGAGCUCCUCCCACUGUUGUUUUAAGCUGAGCUUCUCUCCCCUAAGGUUUCCCUGUAAUAAUGUCAGCUGCUGUUCACAGGAUGUGAUGGUGGUAGGAGAGCCAACUCUGAUGGGAGGUGAGUUUGGGGACGAGGACGAAAGGCUAAUCACUAGAUUAGAAAACACGCAGUAUGAUGCGGCCAACGGCAUGGACGACGAAGAAGACUUCA